CAUCCUUCCUGCAAAAGUGGGCUUGUUUUGUCUAGCCAAAAAGAGAAAGAAGAGGGGAUUGCCAGGAAACGCAGAGAGAGAGAGAUUCCCCCUCAGUUUCUUGCAGAUGCGGCAGGUCCCUCCCCGUCCCCGCUCCAAAUCUUCCUGAGAUCCUGGCAGAAAGAGAGCGAGGGAGGAGGGAGGGAGGGAGAGCGAGCGAGCGAGCGAGCGAACGAGCGCAGGUAAAAGGAUCUGCUAAGCUAGAGGAAGGAACCUCAAGACCCCACCAGGAGGCAAAAUUGCUCUGUGCGUUUUCCUAUCCAGCCCUUUUCUCUUCCCAGCGCUUGGGAAGCAACCCUUUGCCUGUCUUCUUCCUGCUUCUCGUUUGGAACUCUUUUUGGUGGGCGGGGUGGGGGUGGUGGGAGAGAGACUCUCUCCAUCACACCCCCUUGGGUACCACUUUGGAGUUGCGGCAUCACCGGGGCGACCCUCAGUUGCGUUUGUGGGAUCUGUGUUUUAUCUCCACCAGCCUUUUCAUCACCCUAUCCAGAAGAUGGUCAACGAUCGAUGGAAAAACGUGGGGGGAGCCUCUCAGCUGGAAGACGGUCCGCAGGAGAAAUCCCAGAGAAUGAGCUGUGGUUAUAUCCUCUGCACCGUCCUCCUGUCUGUGGCGGUUCUCCUCGCCGUCACUGUCACUGGCGCCAUCCUCUUCAUGAACCACUACCACACGCCCAUCACGGAAUCCCCACCCAUCAUCAGCACCAAUCCCGAUGAAGCCAACGCCUUGGUCACCAUCGAGAAAGCUGAUGGCUCUCGUGUCAACAUAUUCAUCGAUCCCAAUUGCCCGGACCAGGGCACCGGUUUCACCCGCCUGGAGGGCCUCCAGUCGUCUGUCCUGAGGGCUGUGACAGAUCUUGAUGCCGAGACGAAAUCAUCGAAGGGGCAGGAGAGGGCGUUGCUGGUGGGCCUGUCGGAUGAGGUGUCCAAAGUUCUCAGCCAUGCCACCCAGCUGAGGGCAGACUGUGACGGUCUGAAGAAAGGGCACAGCACCAUGGGGCAGGAGCUGAACGCUCUGCAGAACGAGCAAGGCCGUCUCAUACAGCUGCUCUCAGAGAGCCAGACCAAUAUGGCGAGACUAGUGAGCUCUGUCAGCGACAUCCUGGACACUUUGCAGAAGGACCGCAGUGCGAUCCGACCUCGGCUCAAAGCUGACCUCCAGAAGGCUCCAGCUCGGAGUGCCCGGCCAAAAGGAUGCUCCAACGGCUCUCGGCCUCGGGACUGCUUUGACAUCUAUGCAAGCGGACAACAAGAGGACGGUGUUUUUUCUGUCUUCCCCACUCACUACCCUGAAGGCUUCCAGGUUUACUGUGACAUGACGACGGAUGGCGGCGGGUGGACGGUCUUCCAGCGGCGUGAGGAUGGCUCCGUGAAUUUCUUCCGUGGGUGGGAAGCUUACAGGGAUGGAUUUGGGAAACUGACUGGAGAACACUGGCUCGGGCUGAAGAGGAUCCAUGCCUUGACCACGCAAGCCAGCUAUGAGCUGCGCAUUGACCUAGAGGACUUUGAUAAUGGCACAGCUUAUGCACAUUAUGGAACAUUUUCGGUGGGUUUGUUCUCUGUCGACCCAGAGGAAGAUGGCUAUCCAGUUACUGUUGCUGACUAUUCUGGGACAGCAGGCGACUCGUUCCUGAAGCACAAUGGCAUGAAGUUCACCACCAAAGACUUGGACAACGACCACUCAGAGAACAACUGUGCCUCCUUCUACCACGGGGCCUGGUGGUACCGCAAUUGCCACACCUCCAACCUGAACGGGCAGUACCUGAAGGGUCACCACAGCUCCUACGCCGAUGGCAUCGAGUGGUCCUCCUGGACAGGCUGGCAGUACUCCCUCAAGUUCACCGAGAUGAAGAUCCGGCCUGCCAGAGAUGAGAAUUAGCUAAGUCCCCUUCCCACAUCACCCUACUUGUUCUCUAUCCCCACCCCACCCACACCCACACCCCCAGUCCCCCGUAGCUCAGUGUUGUUUUUUGUCUGAGUCUGGGGCAGCAGGACCUGAAAGAGCCCCCUUCCCACCAACCAAUGUUUUAAUACUUCAAGAGUUCCCCUUGAUGUGCACAGCUGGUUCCUGGAAGCAAAGGCACCAGCUCUACCUCUUCCAAAGCAAGGGUUGUCUUAAGUCCACAAGUCUCCCAUAUAAACACAAGCAAGAAGGAUUUCCCAGCUGCACAAUGGAAGCCAUCUUACUCACCCCCCACCCAGACGACAACGACGACUACUUAUUAUUCUUAUUCUUAUUAUGAAAAAAAAGAGAUGCUUCGAUAGCCAAAGAACCUGGCCCCUAGAAUGUGUGAAUCUCUUAGUGGUCCAAGCAUAUCCAGCAUCCCACCCCAUAGUAGAGAUGUAAUCAUGUUAUUUAUAACAACAGCCUGAUCUUUAGGCAAGGUGAGCUCACAUACAAGGCCAGGCUGAAGGAGAUGAAAUAGACCCACGGCAAGGAAGGAAAGCUUUGUGUCAGUGCUGAGAAUGACUGACAGUCCUUCAAAGCAAAGCCAAAGGAAAAUAUUGCUGUGCUGUCAGGAAAUCACACAUCAUGGAUUGCACUGAAAAUGACUCCUGGAUCAUAGAAUCGUAGAGUUGGAGGGACUCAAAGAGUAAUCUACUCUAGUCCACUGCGAAGCAGGAAUCACAACUCAAGAAUCCGUGACAUAUCCAACCUCUGUUCAUUUGGUGUGAGCUUGCCUCGCUGUCACAACCAGGGGCAUCAAGAGAACUUUGAAGGACACAGGAGCAGGAACUGCUGAAACAGUUUGCUUUUCGCCUUCUUGUCUGGAACAGAUAUCAUUCCAGCAAUUAUUUUCAGUAUUUGCCUUUGUUGUUGCUUCCAGUCUGCCGAUGAUCUGUAACCAAUUAUGCUACACACACACACACCCCGAUCUGCACUGCAUUUCCUUUGCAUUAAAUAAAUGCGGUGGGAUAAUGUAAUGACA